AAGAAACUGACGUGUAUGGGCGUAACUUUAUUACUAUGCUAAAGUUUUGGAUUUCUAAAAAUGUGUUCCCCAAGCUGUGAAAGAAGACAUACUUGUUGGCUAAGGUCAGGCGAGAAAAAAGAGAAAUUGAGAAUCCUCCCAAGUUCGAAGAUUAUCUUUCGCUGACUUUCUCUCUUCUCUGAUAAAACUCGAAAACAAUAAUUCAAACUCGACUCGCCGCAUGGCCGCACCGCCAAGUCAGCGCAGCGGCGGUGGUCGAACGACGUCGCUUCGCGGCGACACCUCCGAGUCCGAUAAAUUGGAAUCCACCACUAGCUGGGACGCCCUCGAAUGGACCAAAAUCGAGGUCCCCUCCCAAUUCCCAUCCAAUUCUAGGCCCGAUUCGCGGUACGUUUCGCAUGUGAAAUUCGAUUUCCUGCUUGAAGCCGAACAAGUCAUAGUCGAGGGAUACGGUGUUGUUCUUGUUAAUACAGAUGAGGCGGGUACCUUGAUAGUAACCAAUUUUCGUCUAAUUUUUCUAAGUGAGGGAACAAGGAAUAUCAUUGCACUUGGCACAAUUCCACUGACCACCAUAGAAAAGUUCAGCAAAAUGGUCAUAAAGGCUCAAUCAGCCCUUCGUCAAUCUGACAAAACACCGUCACGACGACUUCUUCAGGUCAUUGGCAAAGAUAUGAGAAUUAUUGUCUUUGGUUUCCGCCCUAGAACGAAGCAGAGACGUGCAGUAUUUGAUGCAUUACUACGGUGUACUAAGCCAGCAAGCCUAUGGGAUCUCUACGCUUUUACUUCUGGACCUUCCAAAUUCAAAAAUAGUAACCCAAGGGAGCGAUUACUAACCGAGUAUUUUCGGCUUCUUGGAAAAGGCUCCUUCUGCCCGUCAAUGACUACAAUUGAGGAUGGGUCAUUCACAUUUUCCAAUGACUUGUGGAGAAUAAGUAGCAUAAAUUCCAAUUAUGCAAUGUGCCAGAGUUAUCCAUUUGCCUUGAUUGUGCCAAAAGGCAUCAGUGAUGAAGAAGUGCUUCAGGCUUCAACCUUUCGUGCAAGAUGCCGAUUACCUGUAGUUUCCUGGUGUCAUCCUCGAAGUGGAGCUGUCCUUGCACGUUCAUCUCAACCAUUAGUUGGUCUCAUGAUGAAUAUGAGGAGCAACACUGAUGAAAAGCUUGUAGCUGCACUUUGCACUCAACUUGCUAGUGUGAGGGGGGCUCGGAGGAAGCUAUAUAUUGCUGAUGCAAGACCAAGGAAAAAUGCUUUAGCAAAUGGGGCCAUGGGAGGUGGCUCAGAGUCAUCCUCAAAUUAUUUUCAAUCUGAGAUAGUUUUCUUUGGGAUAGACAACAUACAUGCGAUGAGGGAUAGUCUUGCUCGACUUAGGGACUACUUAGACACUCAUGGCGCUACUUCUUCAGAUGGAAUGUCAUCAUUCUUGAGACAUGGUGGAUGGACUUGGGGUGGAGGCAACCUGAGCAGUAUGUCUGCUUCAGUAUCAACCCUUGGUGACAGUGGUUGGUUAAUACAUGUUCAGAAUGUCUUGGCUGGUUCGGCUUGGAUUGCUGCACGUGUUGCUUUGGAAUCGGCAUCAGUGCUUGUGCAUUGCAGUGAUGGAUGGGAUAGAACAACUCAGUUGGUUUCACUUGCUAGUCUGCUGCUUGAUCCAUACUAUCGGACAUUCACAGGGUUUCAGGCACUUGUGGAGAAAGAUUGGCUGGGAUUUGGUCAUCCAUUUUCAGAUAGAAUAGGCAUGCCAACAGUAUCUGGUAGUUGUAAUGUUCCUUAUGAGUUAACUAGGCAGACUUCUACAGGGAGCUUUUCAACAUCACCUAUGCGCCAGCCAUCAGGAUCAUUUACAUCUCAGGGUCCAAGUUCAACUCAUGCACAGACUUCAAACAACUAUUCCCCCAUAUUUAUGCAGUGGAUUGAUUGUGUUUCACAAUUGUUGCGGAUGUAUCCUUCUGCUUUUGAGUUCUCUAUGGUUUUCCUGGUGGAUUUCUUGGACUGUGUGCUGUCCUGUCGUUUUGGAAAUUUCUUCUGUAAUAGUGAAAAGGAGAGGCAGGAAUGUGGCGUCUCUGAGGCUUGUGGAUGUUUAUGGUCAUAUUUGGCUGAUUUGCGUGCUUCAGAGGGAAGCUCUCAUGUGCAUUACAACUUCUUUUAUGAUCCGGUAAAACAUGCUGAUGCACUAUUACCACCAGCAGCUGCCUUAGCCCCAACUCUCUGGCCCCAAUUUCAUCUCCGUUGGGCUUGUCCUUCAGAAGCUCAAGCUGGGGAGCUUGAAGCUCAAUUUAAGAAAAUGGCUGUAAAAUUCUCUGAACUGCAGAAGGCGAAAGAGGUGGCAGAAAGGAAAGCUAAAGAGAUUACAACUGCUAUGGAAUCAUUAAGUGCAGAGUUACGAAAUGAGAAGCAGCUCAGCAGCUUGGCUAUGAACCAGGCGAAGAGAGCCAUCAAGGAAAAUGUGGCCAUAAAGAGAGCAGUACAGUCUCUGGGGUGCAAUGUUCACUUCUCAACCACUGGUGAUUGUACUGUUGGCAUUGAAAGCAACCCAACAGAAAUUCCACAGAAAUUCAUUAAUUCUUCUUCAAAAAGAGAUGGUACUUUGCAGAAUGAUGAGAAAUCAGAUCUCUCUGUUUCUAUUACGGUAAUGGCUGACAAUGAUAUUCCCCACAAUCCAAUUGAUCGAGUAUGUGAAACUUUAUGUCCAUUACGCACUCGAGAUGGAGUCUGCAGGUGGCCAGAUGCUGGUUGUGCGCAGCUUAGUAGCCAAUUUGUUGGACUAAAGGCAAAUUUUGAUGCAUUUGACCAGCUUUCUAUUUACGAUAGUUAUUUUCAACCAGAAAAAUAAUUAUGGAUUUGGAGCCAAGCAUGCAAUCCAGCCAGCACCAAAAUUUUGUUGCAGUAGCUUCUCCUUUGGGGAAGGAUUCGAGUAGAUUUAUAUUUAAAGCUUUAUCAGAACAGAUACAAGAUUCUUUCUAAGCUCACCAUCAAAGGCAAUGGAUGUACUAAAAUGGACCCUCACAUUUUGGAUGGGUCCCCGGACUGUUUGUACAGACUAUAGAGUUUAGCUGAGGACCAGCUUCAUAUAGACAAUGUAGAAACCCAAAAGGCAAGCUUGAAAUUAUACAUGCUAGAGCUAAUGUAUAUUAGAGUGGUCCAAAUCUUUGUAGGUUUUGUCAAGGUGUUGUCUGGUUAGUUUAGUUUUAGUGUCAUUCAUUUCUUGAAUAAGAUAAGUUUUUGUACAGUUUUCUAGUUAUUUAUUGUAACAUUUUUUUAUUUUAUGGGUAAUUUAUAUGCCAGAAGUGUAAUCUAAUAAAUUUUGUUACUAGUGGAAGAAUUUCCUUUUCAUUAA